GACUCUGAGAGAGCAUAGUUUGAGGAAGUGUAGUGUUAAAGAUUUACAAUGUUGUUGGUGUCACCGAUUGCGUACGAGCACAAGAUGGCAAUGGCUACAGCAACGCACAACUCCGUCGCUUCGACGAUGGAGGCCUCUCAGUCCCUCAUCCAGACGGAGUCGAGGGUCCAGAGGAACUACCAGGAGGUCCAGGUGUCGGAACAGCGGCAGGUCAAGAAGAAGAAGUCCAUGAGGAGGCAUAAGGAUGAAGGGACCAUUUCUGUGUCAAGGAGCUCAUCGAAGCUCCACAAGAAGAUGCAGGCCGCCGACGAGAACCCCCAAUGCGCUGCCUGCUCGCGCCCCGUCUACGCCAUGGAACGCAUCAAAGCGGAAAAACGUGCGUGGCAUAAGGAGUGCUUCCGCUGUACGCAGUGCAACAAGCAGCUCACUGUGGAGACAUACCAGAGCGACCACACUACUCUCUACUGCAAGCCACACUUCAAACAGCUGUUCGAACCCAAACCCGUCGACGGAGACGACCAAACAGACGCGGCGCCUCCUAAGAAACACCAAAUGAUUAUUUGCGAAAGCAACCCUAUCGAGCUACCCCCCGAUGUUGCCAGAGCAUCAGACAAGCCAGACCUGGGUCUCGAGGAGCUCUCGCAACUCGACGUGAAGUCCCGCUUCGAGGUGUUCGAGAAAAAGAACGUAGCGGAGGAGCCCGCGCCCAGAGAACCGAGGGCUCCGAGGGAGAAGAGCACCGCACUGCUGUCCAAGCUUGCCAAGUUCAAAGCCAAGGGCAUGGACGUGGGAGUGUCCGACGAGUACCUGAACGGUAUUCCAGUGGAGGCCAGCUCCAGCGAGCCUGAGGAUGAGGAUGACGAAGACUCAAUCCUCAAGAAGUCCUACAAGGCCGCUAACGGCCGCGAGCAGCCCGUCUCCUUCUGCAACAUGAGCGAGAUAGUCGGCAAGUUUGAAACGGGACAGCACAACAGCUCAGAGCGCACGCGCGAGAGGAAACAGGAGAUACAGAAUAUUCGCAGCAGGCUUUUUAUGGGCAAGCAGGCUAAAAUCAAAGAGAUGUACGAACAAUCCGUUAUGCAGAGCGAACAAGCUGUAACGUCGGCGGACAAGAUCGCUCGCGAGCUUGAAUUGGACGCGGAGAAGUCGCGAGCCAUCAAACAGCGCUUCGAGAACGGCGAGGUUUUCAAUGACGAGAACCAGCCGCCGAGGAACAAGGACAUUGACGACCAGGCGCUCUUUAACGAAGGUAUCGGCAAGAAGUCCCGUUCCAUCUUCUUGGAGCUAGACGCCAACGCCAAGAACAUGACUCCCACCUCGCCGCCGCCGCAGGAAGUGCCCAGGAGGAAGGAAAUUCCGUUCAUACCCAAGGACGUGGUCCGCGCUGCAGACAAAGUAGAAGAGGUCCACAUCCAGACGGCGGACAUCACGGACCGCUUCAAGUUCUUCGAGACCUACAAGCCGGAGCAGACCCGCAAGGAGUUCCGCAUGACGCCACCCAGGCAGACGCAGCGAGCCAAGUCGCCGUCCCCCGAGGUAUACCACGAGCCCAGUGUGGUGCGCAGCGAGGACGCGGCGCCCGACACGGGGCUGGCCGCCACGCGCCACACCGCCUCGCGCAUGAUCAACGUGUUCCGGCAGCUGGAGGAGCAGCGCCAGCAAGAGCCGCAGGGCCCCAAGCCCCUCAAGCGCUUCACCCCCCCUCCGCCCGGCGAGGAGACCCACCAGGGCCACAGCUCCGAGGAGGAGUACACGGAUGAGUAUUCCGACGAGGAGGACAGCGAGGACGAGCGCCAGAGGUUCUACAACGAGGCCCGCGAGAGAGACGAGGCUCUCAAACAGGCCCAGCAACUAGCUCGCACCAAGAGCUUCCGCGGCCGCUUCGAGAACUGGUCCGAGUCCGAACCCGAGAGACAAGUCGGCCAUGUCGUCAUAGAGCGCGACGACGACGGCGAGUCGCAGCUCGAGACCGCCAAGAGCUUGCGCGAAAAGUUCGAAGCUCUGAAGGAGCAACAGUCGUCGAGCGUGACGAAGACGUUCGCGACUAAAGUCAAUAGAUUUGUGUAACCAUGGAGUGAUACCGCGAGAGCCGUCGAUUGCCAAAGCCUUACGUUUUAACCCUGUUUUAAAGUUGUAAAGUCUCGUAUUGCCAAUAUCGCAGAAAAUAUAAUGUAAGUCUGAUGACCCAUUUUCUACACAUUCAUAAGAAAGAGGUACUUUUUGUUGGUUUUGGAGCAUUCCACAAGCUGUUCCGUACAAACACAUUUUAAUUCGUGUAUUAAAAGUAUUAUAACCUUUUUUUCGGCGUUGAUUUUUUUUUGCGCACAGAAAAAGAAACUCCUAUACCUGUAAAUAAAAUUCGCGUUUGUAUGGGACAACAGUAGACAAUAUCAUGGAAUGCUCCUUUUUACAUUGCAAUGAAAAAUAUAGUAAAGUAGGUGUCAUCACGGACAACAUUAUUUAAUAUAAAACAUUAGUAAUGCAUUUAUUUAUAUAUUUUAUCAAUAAAAGUUUGAUUGAUUGAUUGAUUGAUUUAGGGCAAUUAAGCGUUUAAAGUGCCUUAUUGAGUGCAUUUUGGGUUAAACUUCAACUGUUAAAUAGUACAUUUCAACCCAAAUGCAUUAGUCGCAUUUUCGAGUUACUUCAUUUUUUAAAGGAGUCAGAUUUCUUUUACAUUAUAUUUUCUGUGCCAAUUAUAAUCUUAAGCUAUGGUUGUAUCCUUAAAUAAAUCUAAUUUAGAAUAGAAAUAUAUUUAUACAAUUUUAUAUAAUAAGGACUGAAUAGCAUUUGAAGUGCCUUAAUAAUGUGCAAUAAGGAAUAGCUCAUAUGUAAAAAAAAAUCGCUUUUUAAACUUGCUGCCUAAUCUAAAAUUUUAUGAUUAUUAAUAAUGUAAGCUCACUCAGAAAACCAGAGGAAUGUUAAUAUAUCCAAAUUGGUUUAUUAAAGUUAUCGUGUUAAGUGCGUUGGGGUAAAUCCGAAAAUAGAAUAACUAAGAAAUUUUACAUCGGAAAAUUCGGACACAGUUAAUUUUUUUUGUGAUUUUCAUAUUUCAUUAUCAUGGGCUUGCUCUGCUUUUUAAAGUUUAUCAAUGUAUCUAUACUUUACCAAAUUUCGGACACAUCCUAUCUUUGGGAGUUAUCUCAAAGCACUAGAAAAAACCGGGCAAGUGCGAGUCGGACUCGCGCACGAAGGGUUCCGUACCAUAAUGCAAAAAAAAAACAAAAAAAGCAAAAAAGAAACGGUCACCCAUCCAAGUACUGACCACUCCCGACGUUGCUUAACUUUGGUAAAAAAUCACGUUUGUUGUAUGGGAGCCCCAUUCAAAUCUUUAUUUUAUUCUGUUUUUAGUAUUUGUUGUUAUAGCGGCAACAGAAAUACAUCAUCUGUGAAAAUUUCAACUGUCUAGCUAUCACGGUUCGUGAGAUACAGCCUGGUGACAGACGGACGGACGGACGGACGGACAGCGAAGUCUUAGUAAUAGGGUCCCGUUUUACCCUUUGGGUACGGAACCCUAAAAAUUAAGUACCUAAAUAUGUUUGGAGUUGGAGCUUGAAUCUCAGUGUUCUUGUAUUUUUGACUUUAUAUUCAGAAAACAAAAGUCUAAAUUCGAUAUGAUAAAAACUUAAUAAUAUUGAUUUUAUCUGUUCUUAAAUAGUCCUCUUAGAUAGGCACUGAAUUAUAACUAAAAUUAUUAAAGUGAUUGUGAAUUGACAAAUUAUUUUGUAUUUUUAAUAAAUCACUAUUUUGAUCAGUAUUUAGCGAAGUGGACUUUUUAUAUAAAGUUUGAAACGAUACCCUUGGAGGAAAAAUAUUAUUUAUAUACUGAUAAUACUCAAAGACGCGCUUUAGUUGACUGGAAGAAAAUAUAUUAAAGCUGGUCGCUAUCUGAAGUUUUCAACUUUUUAUUACUUUUGUUAUAUUACAUCCAAGGAAGCGUUAUCAAUAUAACUAUAUUUGUAUAUUAUAUGUGACUUACGAAAUUAUUUAGUAUUUUAUUGGCCUCUUGAUCUGGCUCUAGUUAAAGUAUUAUUUUCAUUGGUAAAAUGUUCUUGCCAUAUUUAUUACUAUUAAUAAUUUUAUCAUCAAUUUGUGUCGAAAUUUGUGCCAUUUUUCAUGACAAUUUCAAUGGAUCAUUUUAUUUAAUUGCACGGUUUUGACAAUAUUGUAUAUAUUUAACCCUUUAAACAAACACAUCUAAAGGACGAUAAGCACGAAGAAUAUCGUACACUGACCCGCUUGUUUCUAUCUCUAUCGCACGUGUCUAAUUAUAUUGCUGUCCCGUCCUAGCCGGCAGUCAAUGCCACUGUGCGAGCGGGACAGCAAAAUAAUUAUGCGGGUGCGAUGUAGAUAGGAACAGGCGGGUCAAUGUACGAAAUAAUUUGUUCUUAGCGUCCUUUAAUGAUAAAUAAAAUGCUCUUUUGCAUAUAUUGAUUUUGCUCUUUUGCGUAUCUAAAUUCGAUUUGCACUGUGAUCCGUUUCACCUCGGUCUACCCUAUUGUCUGGCAUUGCAAAGACCUUUUGGUGUCAUUCGCGAUGAAAGGGUUAAUUCGAGAUUAUUAUUUUAAUUUUCAUCAUCAUUUAGGUAAUUGUACGAUCUGACUGAUUACCGUCUCUCUAUUUAUUGUUUGUACUUACGUUUUCAAUGUUUUUCAACUUAUUUAGACACUUCGUUAGGUAAAUAAAUGAUGUAAAAUUA